UGAGAACCCUGAGUUAGGGAGUCGUGUUGCCAUCAUCCUUGUUUGAUUUUUCGUUACUCCAAGUAAGUCGUCUUUUUCUUCUGCUUUCACAGUGGAGAAGAGGAAUGCCCUCCCACAUGGUGCAGAGAACAUCUGUUAGUGAGAAAUGAAAGCCUGAGAGAGAGGGGGGAGGAGGAGGGGGAGGAGAAAGGGGACUUACAUUAAUACAAAAAAAAAAAGAAAGGAGGUGAAGGAAGAACAAGAGAGCAUGCAGAGCGGUGGAAAGGGGAGGAGAAAAAGUGACAAGACAUCAGCCGGAGGAGACCACCUUUCCUGCAGAACAGCAGAGAGUGUGUGUGUCAUUGUAGCAGCAGUGGUAGAAAAACAGCUUCUACAUAUUUAAAGGGGAAAAAAGGACCCACAUCACAUGGUUGUUAUUCUCUCAAAUCUGCCUCUCAGACGCUCAUGUGAGCAGCCUCAGUGGCGGCAGCAGUGACUGGUGAGAAAGAGGAGAGAGGAGAGGAGAGGAGAGGAGAGGAAGAGAACAGGGAUAACAGAGCCACCAACACCACCAUCAUUCUGAUCGGAUUCACACCAGACAUGUGAGAAGAUGUCCGUGGGCGGCUGCGCGUGUCCCGGCUGUUCCUCCAAGUCAUUCAAGCUGUACUCCCCCAAGGAGCCCCCCAACGGUAGCACUUUCCCCCCUUUCCACCCCGGCACCAUGCUGGACAGAGACGUGGGUCCCACCCCAAUGUAUCCUCCCACAUACCUGGAGCCAGGAAUAGGGAGGCACACACCAUAUGGCAACCAGACAGACUACAGAAUAUUUGAACUUAACAAACGGCUACAGAACUGGACAGAGGAGUGCGAUAACCUGUGGUGGGAUGCAUUUACUACAGAGUUCUUUGAAGAUGAUGCCAUGUUGACCAUUACUUUCUGUCUGGAGGAUGGACCCAAACGUUACACAAUUGGCCGGACGUUGAUUCCACGGUACUUCAGGAGUAUAUUUGAGGGCGGUGCCACUGAACUCUACUAUGUGCUGAAACACCCCAAGGAGUCCUUCCACAAUAACUUUGUCUCCCUCGACUGUGAUCAGUGCACCAUGGUCACUCAGAAUGGAAAGCCCAUGUUCACACAGGUGUGUGUAGAGGGGCGCUUGUACCUGGAGUUCAUGUUUGAUGACAUGAUGAGGAUAAAGACGUGGCACUUCAGCAUCAGACAACACCGUGAACUCAUCCCCCGCAGUAUACUGGCCAUGCAUGCCCAGGACCCACAGAUGCUGGACCAGCUGUCCAAAAAUAUAACAAGAUGUGGCCUGUCGAACUCCACCCUUAACUACCUCCGACUGUGUGUGAUUCUUGAGCCCAUGCAGGAGCUGAUGUCCAGACACAAGACAUACAGCCUCAGCCCCAGAGACUGCCUCAAGACCUGCCUCUUCCAGAAAUGGCAGAGGAUGGUGGCACCACCAGCUGAGCCAUCAAGACAGGCCCCUAACAAACGGCGGAAGCGCAAGAUGUCAGGUGGCAGCACCAUCAGCGGAGGUGGAGGAACUAAUAAUAACAACAACAACAAAAAGAAGAGCCCUGGCAGCGGCUUCCCUCUGUCCAGCCAAGUUCCAGAUGUGAUGGUGGUGGGAGAGCCCACUCUGAUGGGAGGGGAGUUCGGUGACGAGGACGAGCGUCUGAUCACACGGCUGGAGAACACACAGUUCGACGCGGCCAACGGCAUCGACGACGAGGACAGCUUCAACAACUCUCCGGCGCUGGGCUCCAACUCACCCUGGAACAACAAGGCCCCCUCCAGCCAGGAGAGCAAGAGCGACAACCCCACCUCACAGGCAUCGCAGUAGAGCCCAGAGCCCCGCAACCUCAACAUAAAUCCCUGUCUGUCACCCCUCAGCCCCCACCCCAUCCCAAGCAGCCACGAGUGCAACAUCAACAGUCCAUCAUCCGCUCACCAACCGAGACAUCACUGUAGAGCUCAGAUUCAUCACACACAGGUAGCCCGAGGGAGCUCAGUCUGUCCUCAUCAGACAGUUACACCGCGCCAGAGGUUGUCAAUAUUCAGGCACUGUGUCCCACCUCUGUCUCCCUUUUCCUGAUGUCAUACACAAAAUGUCCCAUCUGCUCUCGCUGAUUUUCAGUCUGGACAGUGGCCGUGUAGAUGUGACCAAGCUGGAGCAGAAAUUUAAUCUAGGGAAGACCUGUGCACACUGAACUAUCCACACUGAGGUUUACACGUAGGAAGGGGCGGGGUGGAGGGGAUGGUGGCAGUGGGGCUUCAAGAUGGUGGCGAGUUGCUUAGGGACAACUUGUCCACCCGUCCUCUAAACGUGGCUCUCAAUUCUGGUCUGCUCUGUUGACGCACAUGUCACUUGUAGUGUUAGUUAAUGGUGUGUGUGUGUGUGUGAGUGAGUGAAUGAAUGAGUGAGUGAGUGAGAGGAGAGAAAAGUGGCAGUGUGAGCUUUUUUGUGGCUUUGCUGAGGCAGACAGAGCAGAAUUUAGAGUCAGACAGCAAAAGCAUUAAAAUUCACACACUAGUAGGAGAGCUGAAAUGUGGCACGAGGGAAACAUCACACACACACAGACACACACACACCCAAAUAAACAUAAUGAUUGAAGGAUUUUGAGUCCCGCAGUGCCCGAGCCAUCUCUGAUUAGACUACAGUGAAUGCAGUCUUUCAAACAGAGAGCAUUUACAACACACACAUGCACAUACACACAGUUACACAUUUUAAGAGUUUUUAUACAGUAUAUAUUUCCCUAGAAUGUUUUUUAAUUUGUAUUAAACGCCUUCAUUUCAAUUGUUACUUUUUUAUUUUCUACCAAUACUGAAAAGCUACAGACCAAGGAGCAACACAGGACUUUUAUCCCUCCCCCCUCUAAAAUAUAUUGUUUUUAUCUUUUAUGUUUAUAAAAGAGAAAUAAUUUAGUGUGGAUGUUUUUAUUUUGUCUUUUUGUUCCUUUUUUGGAGAUUUGAAUUUUUGUGUAUUUGUGCUUGUAUAUUUAAGGUAGUAGCAAAGUUCUGUCUGACUGUAAUAAAAUGUAUUCUUACUUAGAUUUACCUAAAGCCAUCCCGAUCUAAUGUAAAGAAACAAAAAUAGGAAAAAGGAGAAAAAACACUCAUGAACCCGUCCCCUCUAUCUUCCCACCUGCUCUCUUUCCUCCUCCCUCUUUUUUAAAACUUGUGUAAAUUAAAUUACAAAAUCCCCGGGGGUACAGUGGCACCAUGGAGAGAUGAUUUUACUGUUUCAGUUGAUUUUCUUUUUUCUUUUUUUCUAAUUUAUUUUGGCAGAAAUUCACUCAUAUUUUUUCAUCUAUACACAAAGUGAUUUUCCACUUACCAUUCAUCCCAGUUUUGUGUACCGCAACUUUCAGCUUGAUGUCCAGUGAAUGUGCUCAUUCAAUUUUAGUUAACCAGUGAAUUUCAUGUUUUGUUAAUGGCUGAAACAGAUUUUUUUAAAAUUAAUUAAUUAUUUUUUUGUCUCAAUUGGUCUUCAUUUGUGUGAUCUCUUUCAUAACCACCACAGUGAAAUCAUCAGUCAUACACACAUCUUCUAAAACCAGCUUAACAUUAAGUUCAGUCUGCAUAUUUAGUAGCAGUUCUGAGUCUGUAAAGUCUGACUAGCAGCUGAAGCUCUGUUAUUGUUUUUGUACAUUUCCGUUUUGUCACAGUUGAUUCCAGCAGCAGUUACGAUUGAGUUUGAAUGGUGACUUGUACCUUCUCCAAACCCUGUAGAAAAAUCAUUGUUUGAUAUAUAUUUUUUGAUUUGGUUAGUUUCUGCCCUUGAUAAUUAAUGUAUGGUACCAAUAAAAAGAUACAUUUUCACUUUAAAAAAA